CAACUGGCAUCAGCGAAAAAGAGGAUGCAACUCGAGUCGCAACAUUGCUAACCGUCAUAGGAAACGAAGCAUUGGAUGUCUACGACGCGUUCGUGUGGGCUACAGUUGGAGAUGAUAAGAAGAUAGCAAAAGUUCUUCAAAAAUUCGAUGUACGUUGCGAGCUAAGAAAAAACGUAACCUAUGAAAGAUACAUAUUAUUCACCAGAGCACAAAAAACCAGUGAUACCAUUGAUCAGUAUGUCACAACAUUAAAGAGGCUUAGUGACACCUGUGAAAUUGGGACAUUAAGAGACACUCUCAUCAAGGAAUAG